AGUCCGGAACCAUCAGUCGGCUGUCGGGAGGGCAGUUUAUGGACGGGACCGGAAGUGAGGGGUUGUUGUGGUAACGACGAGAAAGUGAUGAAGCGAGACUUUGGUGUGGCGGCUGCGGGGACGGAGCUGGUGUUAGCGACGUCAGGCGAUGAGAAGCAUCCGCCUGAGAACAUCAUCGACGGUAAUACAGAAACAUUUUGGAUCACAACAGGAAUGUUCCCACAAGAAUUCAUCAUACGUUUUCCUGAGCUUGUACAAAUAAGUUGUGUGAAAAUUCACUGUUAUAAUGUCCGCAGGCUUAGUAUUGAGAAAAAUGCAGAAAAAGAUCCUUUGGACUUUGAACCUUUAGCCAAGAGUGAACUUGAGCACUCUGAGGAACAGCUUCAGGUAGAAGAAUUUGCUCUGGAUGGAACAAGGGCAACACAUCUACGGUUUGUUAUUAAAUCAGGCUUUGACCAUUUUGUAUCUGUACACAAGGUGACAGUAGAAGGUACAGUAGAAGUCACUUAAGUCAACAGAGCAAAACUGGACUUCAGAGUUCAAUCUUCCCCUUUUACAAAGUUAAGAAUAUAAAUACUUUAUUGUAAUUGAUUAUUGUGAAUAAAUUCUUUUUGCUUUGCAUUAUCACAGUCUUCAUUGGUUGC